CGUCCGCGGCGAAUCCAACGGCCGGCGGGCGACGCCGUAUCCCACCCGAGCGCCGAAACCGCCGCGUCGUCCGCACGCGCGUCAGCCCCUCGUCGGCCGCCGCAUUUCCUCGAUUCGCGAGCGUCGGCGGCGAUAACUUCCGCUUACGCGCGCGCGGGAUGGCGUCCACGCUUUGCUCUCCCCGCCACCACCACCGCUCACAUCUUUGCCGCAGCCGCCUCCGCCCCUCCCCUCCCAGCCACGCCCGUCUCCGGAGCGGCGCCGGCUGCCCACCAGGAUUGAACACCACGAAAUACCUUUGUUCCCACCCAAUGUCCACCGGCAGGGGCUCUCCUGUGUCGUGUUCAUCCAUGGAUGCAUCCAGCAGCAAGCAAGGACCAGAACAUCUCAUUGUUCUGGUUCAUGGUAUCAUGGCAAGUUUUUCUUCGUUCUCCAUCGAUUAUAGCCCCAGUGACUGGACAUAUGGGGAAGCAGUGCUGAAAAAGAGGCUUGGUGAUAAUUUCCUCAUCUAUGCUAGUUCAUCAAACAUCUACGCCAAAUCUUUUGACGGGAUCAAUGUAGCUGGAAGGAGGUUAGCGAAAGAAGUCUUGGACGUGGUUCAGAAGAUGGCUGGCUUGAAAAAGAUUUCCUUCAUAGCACAUUCUUUGGGUGGUUUGUUUGCUAGAUAUGCUAUUGCUAUACUAUAUUCACAGCAAGCAAAAGAAACUGGAAGUGGUGCUAGUGUCAUGCUCACAAGUGGAGGAUCUGAAAUAUCACGCACUUCAGGAUUAGGUGCCAUUGCUGGGUUGGAGCCAACUAAUUUUAUUACAUUGGCAACCCCACAUCUUGGUGUUAGAGGAAAAAAUCAGCUUCCAUUUCUUCAAGGGUUGUCAAUUCUAGAGAAACUUGCAGCACCUUUGGCGCCCUUCAUUGUCGGACGCACUGGUGCUCAACUCUUUCUCACUGAUGGUGAACCUAGCAAGCCACCUCUCCUUCUACUAAUGACAUCUGACCAUGAGGACAAAAAGUUCAUAUCUGCACUAGCAGCUUUUAAGAACCGCAUUCUGUAUGCUAAUGUUUCAUAUGACCAUAUGGUUGGUUGGAAAACAUCCUCAAUAAGGAGAGAAUUGGACCUUCGAAAGCCCUUGCGUCGUUCACUUGAUGGCUACAAGUACAUUGUGAAUGUGGAAUACUGUUCACCUGUGUCGUCCGAUGGUCCCCAUUUUCCUUCGCGGGCUGCCAGAGCUAAAGAAGCUGCACAAAGUACACCGAACAUGGAAAAUACCAAUGAAUAUCACCAGAUGAUGGAAGAGGAGAUGAUUCGUGGUUUGCAGAGAGCGGGGUGGAAGAAAGUAGAUGUCAACUUCCACGCGUCACUGUGGCCUUACUCUGCUCACAACAACAUGCAUGUUAAGAAUGAGUGGGUUCACAACGCUGGUGCUGGUGUUAUCGCCCACGUCGCGGACAGCAUGAAACAGACAUGUCUGCCUUCCAACUUGUAAGAUGUAGACUUGGGGUGCUGGCAUUCGCCACGGUUAGUACUCUUAUCAGGCAACCUUUGAGCUUGCCGGUUUUCCUCCUAAGCAACAGAGGGGUUUUGCCAGUAUUCGAAGAUCCAGUAAGCCAUAAAUUGAUUGCUGAAGGUUAAUUACCUGUCAGCUUGUUGUUUCGAUGCCUGUACAUGUUCUUCAUCUCUCACGAAGAAAUAUAUUUGCGCUGCAGAUCUGCAGGAAUCAGUGACACAUUUUGUUGCAGACGGUUCGCAAAUCAGAUGUAGAGUCAGGUGCCAGCACAAAUUGAAAAUGAAGAAAAACCACACGGGGUGAUAUUUUUGUUUUCAGAUGAUUGCCUCGACUUGUGCUGGAAGCAAAUGGUACUUGAAAUGUACCGCUCACAUACCCUCAAGGCUACACGUGGUACUGAAAUUAAAUCUGUGCAUCAACUGAGGAGAAGGGGAAUACGAAAACCAUUCGAAUGUUGCCAUUGUACUGAAAUUGAAUCUGUUGUUUGGGUGCUUAUGGGAUGACGUGCAUGAAAAAAUAGAACACCGAUGGCUGGAAUCAAUGAACAGGGUAUUGGUCUGUAUGUUGCCUACUUUGUGCUUGUUGACAACCUGAAGUAAGCAGCAUACAGUUUUA